AUGUAUUUUACAUCAGGAAAGCUCUGCAAGGCUGCACUAGACUUAAAGCAUUUGGUAGAUCCUGUUAUUGGUGUUGUGAACAUAAUCAGAGCAAGGGCACUCCAUCACAGACAGUUCAAAUCUCUUCUUGAGGAGGUGGGGGCAGAACAUGAAGAUGUAAAUUACAAUAACACUGUGAGGUGGUUUAGCAUGGGCAAAGUAUUAAAAAGAGUCUGGGGAUUACAGGAUGAAAUUAUUUUAUUUCUGGACACUAAGGAGGUAUCUCAUGAUUUUGUUGCAAAAAUAGGAUGUGAAGAGUGGAGAUAUGAGAUGAUGUUUGCAGGUGAUAUUUUUGAAAAACUGAGUGAGCUGAAUGUGACAUUGCAGGGAAAGGACACAUGUCAAAGCAUUUAA